UAAGUGUCAACCACAAUGGCAAGAGAGACAGCAAAGAAAGUUUCGAUUCCGGAGAAAAGCAUGGGAGCGAAAGAACUAAGCUUUUGUUUGGUAAUCCUAAACCUGGUCCUUGACGUGUGGGGCAGCCCAGAUUUCAUAAAGACGGCAUGCGAGGUGACGCGGUACCCAGUGGGGUGCGUUCAAAGCCUCUCGAGCCAAGCGAGCAGCAUAGGGCAAAGCGAUCAACAGCUAGCCCUCACGGCCCUCUCCGUCAGCGCCUCAAGGACCCAAUCAUGCGCAUCGUUCCUCAAGACAUUGAGCCAAGCUGACAACGCCGUGCGAGGCUGCGUAGGGAACAUAGAUGGCAGCGUCGACCGUCUCACCCAAUCGGUUAAGGAGCUUGAGCUUGCGGGUAAGCCCAAUGAGGAUUCAGCGAUGCACAUUAGUAAUGCCCAGACUUGGGUUGGCGUUGCCAUCACCGAUCAAACCACGUGCCAGGACGCGCUUGAUGGGCCCAACAUAGAUGCCCAAUUGAAGGAAGCCGUUAGGCCCAGGGUUAUGGAUGCUUCUCAAGCCACCAGUAAUGCCCUUGCGUUGAUUAAUCGCUUUGCCACCAAACAAGAAGCUGCACCGCCAAUUGGAGCGCCAUGAGCCUUCGCCAUUAACUAUGGGGCGUUAAAUGUUUAAUUGUUUUCUUCCAAUAAGUGCAAAUGUGGUUUCAUCAACCGCAGUAUUACAUGCAUGUUGUAUUCGUUGUUGUGCAAGUGUAAAUGGGCAUUUUAAUUUGAGUGCUCUGAUUAAUAAAUUUGUAUGGAACUUGGACAUUUCAUAUA